GUGCAGCCUCAGGCUCAGGAGCAUGGAGUGGCUCCCACUUCUGCUGCUUCUGACACAGUGUUCACGGGCUCUUGGGCAGCGCUCACCACUGAAUGACUUCCAGCUGCUCCGGGGCACAGAGUUAAAGAACUUGCUACAUACGGUGGUGCCAGGGCCAUGGCAAGAGGACGUGACAGAUGCUGAGGAGUGUGCUAGGCGCUGUGGGUCCCUUCUGGACUGUCGCGCCUUCCACUACAACAUGAGUAGCCACGGUUGCCAGUUGCUGCCGUGGACUCAGCACUCACCUCACACACGGCUGCACCAUUCAAAUCUGUGUGAUCUCUUCCAGAAGAAAGACUAUGUGCGAACCUGCAUUAUGAGCAAUGGAGUCAGCUACCGAGGCACUGUGGCCAGGACAGCUGACGGCCUGCCCUGCCAAGCCUGGAGCCGCAGGUUCCCCAAUGACCACAAGUAUACACCCACACUGAAGAAUGGCCUGGAAGGGAACUUCUGUCGGAACCCUGACGGGGACCCCAGAGGUCCCUGGUGUUACACAACCAACCACAGCGUGCGUUUCCAGAGCUGCGGCAUCAAAUCCUGCAGGGAGGCUGCUUGUAUUUGGUGCAACGGGGAGGAUUACCGUGGCGAGGUAGAUGUCACAGAGUCGGGACGCGAGUGUCAGCGUUGGGACCUGCAGCACCCUCACACACACCCUUUCCAGCCUGAAAGGUUCCUCGACAAAGCUCUGAAAGACAACUAUUGCCGUAAUCCGGAUGGAUCUGAGCGGCCCUGGUGCUACACCACAGACCCGAAUAUUAAGCGAGAAUUCUGCGACCUUCCCAGUUGCGGGCCCAACCUGCCACCGACCACCAAAGGACCCAAGUCACACCAGCGCAAAAAGGGCAAGGCUGUUAACUGCUUCCGUGGGAAAGGCGAAGAUUACCGAGGCACAACCAACACCACCUCUGCGGGUGUGCCCUGCCAGCGGUGGGACGCGCAGAGCCCCCACCAGCACCGCUUUGUGCCGGAGAAAUACGCUUGCAAGGACCUUCGGGAGAAUUUCUGCCGGAAUCCUGAUGGCUCCGAAGCUCCUUGGUGCUUCACAUCUCGACCUGGUUUGCGCGUGGCCUUCUGCUAUCAAAUUCCACGCUGCACAGAGCAAGUGGUGCCAGAGGACUGCUACCGCGGAUCAGGCGAACAGUAUCGCGGCUCGGUCAGCAAGACCCGCAAGGGCGUUCAGUGCCAGCACUGGUCCUCUGAGACACCACACAAGCCACAAUACACACCCACUUCAGCACCUCAGGCGGGACUGGAGGCAAACUUCUGCCGGAACCCAGAUAGGGAUCGCCAUGGGCCCUGGUGCUACACUAGGGACCCGGCGACCCUAUUUGACUACUGUGCUCUACAACGCUGUGAUGAUGACCAGCCAUUAUCUAUCCUGGACUCCCCAGACCAGGUGCAGUUUGAAAAGUGUGGCAGGAGGAUUGACAAGAGGAACAGGCUUCGUGUGGUGGGGGGCCAUCCUGGGAGCUCACCAUGGACGGUCAGCUUGCGUAACCGGCAGGGCCAGCAUUUCUGUGGGGGCUCCCUAGUGAAGGAGCAGUGGGUACUGACCGCCCGGCAAUGCGUCUGGUCAUGCCACGAACCUCUCACAGGAUAUGAGGUAUGGUUAGGUACCAUCAACCAGAAGCCUCAGCCUGGAGAGGCUAACCUGCAGAGGCUUGCAGUGGCCAAGACAGUGUGCGGACCUACAGGCUCCCAGCUGGUGUUGCUCAAGCUGGAGAGACCCGUGACCCUGAACCAUCAUGUGGCCCGCAUUUGCCUGCCUCCUGAGCAGUAUGUGGUACCUCCAGGGACCAAUUGUGAGAUCGCAGGCUGGGGUGAAUCCAAAGGCAACAACACAGUCCUUCAUGUGGCCUCAAUGAAGGUCAUCUCCAACCAGGAAUGUAACGUGAAGCACCGAGGACACGUGCAGGACAGUGAGAUGUGCACAGAGGGACUGCUAGUCCCCACAGGGGCUUGUGAGGGUGACUACGGGGGUCCACUUGCCUGCUAUACCCACGACUGCUGGGUCCUACAGGGACUUAUAAUCCCAAACAGAGUGUGUGCACGGCCCCGCUGGCCAGCUAUCUUCACACGCGUGUCUGUGUUUGUGGACUGGAUCAACAAGGUCAUGCGGCUGCAGUAGGCCUGCUUUUGAUGCCUUGGAGAGGACAAGGCUUCUUGUCAAACAUAAAGCGACCUUUUCUCUCUGUCUGUACAGAGUGGUUCUUAGUAUUUUCUAGGGAAUGAGUUGGCG